GGUGGCGCGGCCUCCGGCCCGGCCCGGCUGCGUGUGCGUCCCAAGAAGCGGGCCAGCGCGGCGCUGCAGGACUCAGAAAAAUACAAAAACACCAAAAAUAAUACUGAAUGAAGAAGACAUUUACAUUUCUUCAACAAUCAUCAUUACUGACAUCAGGAAAAAGGAAUUUAAAUACCAGAGCUGCCAUCAAAUUCACCUUUCUGAAACCAUUUAAGGAGAUUGGUUUGCCACAUACUUCAGACAGAAGUGGAACAAUGUCCUAUGUUUUUGUAAAUGAUUCUUCCCAGACAAAUGUGCCCCUGUUGCAGGCAUGCAUUGAUGGGGAUUUUAACUAUUCCAAGCGGCUGCUGGAGAGUGGCUUUGACCCAAAUAUUCGUGACAGUCGUGGCCGAACUGGUCUGCACCUUGCAGCAGCCAGAGGAAAUGUAGACAUCUGUCAGCUGUUGCAUAAAUUUGGUGCUGAUCUACUGGCCACCGAUUACCAAGGUAACACAGCCCUUCACCUGUGUGGGCAUGUGGAUACCAUCCAGUUCCUAGUCUCUAAUGGACUCAAAAUUGAUAUUUGCAAUCACCAAGGAGCAACACCACUUGUUCUGGCAAAACGAAGAGGAGUAAAUAAGGAUGUAAUUCGAUUGCUGGAGUCUUUGGAGGAGCAGGAGGUGAAAGGAUUUAACAGAGGAGCUCCCUCUAAGAUGGAAACCAUGCAGACUGCAGAAAGUGAAAGUGCAAUGGAAAGCCAUUCCCUCCUUAAUCCGAACCUGCAGCAAGGUGAAGGGGUUCUUUCCAGCUUCCGCACAACAUGGCAAGAGUUUGUGGAGGACCUGGGCUUCUGGAGGGUGCUACUUCUGAUCAUUGUCAUUGCCCUUCUCUCUCUCGGAAUCGCAUACUACGUUAGUGGGGUGCUUCCUUUUGUGGAAAAUCAGCCUGAAUUGGUGCAUUAAAGCAAAUGAAAAGAGGCACAACGUUCUUUUCCUGAGUUCUAAUCUUUGUUUUGAGCUUCUUAUAAUUCUUGGUGCAGCUGUAUAUACUGUUUGCCUUUUAUAUAUACUGCUAACCCUUUUGGAAGAGAGCUGCAUUAAUUUCCGCUAACACCACCAAAUUCUAAAGAAUUCCUAGGCUACCUCUGACAUGUCUUGACUUCUAAUCAAAACUUAUAGAUAGCAGUCUUUAUUGAUCAAAUGUGAUGAUCAUAAAAGGCCUCUCAUAAAUAAAUAGCAAAUCCUUGAGCAUGUAAAAAAAUGUGUCCUGCUACAGGACCAAAUCAUCUUGUUUUCC